GGAUUGGAUAAAAGACUGGCCCUAAACAAAAGCUCCAAAUCUUAUUAGUCCGGAGUGGAAGAGGCUCCGAUUAACCUCAAUUACAUUAGGCGCCACAAAUCCUUAUCAAACUCUACUACAGUCGAUUGCGCCUCCACCAGACACACGCAUGUCCGUUACUUCUCUUCGAUUUCAAUUUCCACAAUGGUUCCGAAGCAGCCCAGCUUCGCGCCUCUGGUUAUCAAAACCCAAACCACCUCCGAAACAACUACUUCGCUUCUCCACCUCCUCUUCGUUAUCAUCACUACCUUCUCCUCCCUUCACCGCCACUGCAACCUCACCUCCGCCGGCGGAAAACCCUGCUCCCCAUAUCACCGCCGUCAAAUGGACUCCUCUCCGUAAAAAGAAAGUCGUAAUGCGUGUCGGUUACGUAGGCACCGAUUACAGAGGUCUGCAAAUGCAAAGGGACUCACUAUCCACCAUCGAAGAAGAAUUGGAAAAUGCCCUUUUUAAAGCUGGUGGCAUUCGCGAUAGUAAUUUUGGGGAUUUGAACAAAAUUGGGUGGGCUAGAAGUAGCCGAACUGAUAAAGGAGUGCAUUCCUUGGCAACCAUGAUAUCCUUGAAAAUGGAAAUCCCAGAAAAUGCAUGGAAGGAAGAUCCUAAUGGCAUUGCUCUAGCAAAUUAUGUUAAUGCUUAUCUUCCUACCAAUAUCAAAGUUUUCAGCAUUUUGCCUUCACGAAGGAGCUUUGAUUAGAAGGAAUGUAACAUUCCGGCAAGUAAUCUACUCCUUCCAUGCGAAGUUAUUGAUAACUUCACUACUGCUGAAAUUGAUUAUCAUCUAUCAGACCUCAAUGAUAUAUUGAAUGUUUUAGAGGGAGAACAUCCUUUUCACAACUAUACAAUACGAUCCAAGUAUAGGAAACAAGUGUCUGCUAAUCAAUUAUCCGGAAAGGAUAGAAGAGCAAGAUACACUGACUCCAAGGCGAGUGAUGGAGAAGAAACUCUUGGAACAGAUGAUUUGGCUGUUACAGAUGUUGAGGGAGACAAUCAUAGUUCAUCACAAUCCAUGCUUUCUGUAAAAAAUCUAAUUGAAAGUCGUGAUGAGAAUGGGAAUGAUUUGAAGGAUCGGGAGCCCAUAUUAGCUGUUCGUGCCAGAUGGCUGCAUGAACCUGACGCAAAAGACAGACUUAGUGCUGCCCAUUUUAGAAAGAUUUUUCACUGUUCUUGUGGGAAGCUUGAACGGUUGCUUGGAAUAAAUUAUGUAGAAAUUUCCAUCUUUGGAGAAUCAUUCAUGUUGCAUCAAAUCCGCAAGAUGGUUGGGACUGCCGUGGCGGUGAAACGUAAAUUAUUCCCUAAAGACGUUCUAAAUUUAUCACUGUCCAAGUUCUCACGGAUUGUUCUACCGCUUGCCCCAUCUGAAGUCCUGAUUUUGAGGGGAAAUAAUUUUGAAUUGAGACACCAACCUGGCAAUGUAACGAGGCCCGAAAUACUGACAUUGGUUGAAUCAGAAGAAAUUCUGAAGGCAGUAGAUGAGUUUUACAAUUCAUUAAUGUUGCCUCAAGUCUCGAAAUUUUUGGAUCCUUCAAAAUCUCCAUGGAAGGAAUGGGUUGACAUAUUGGACGCAAACACAAGCAUUCCAGAAGCAGAAUUGGAUGAAGUCAGGAAGGCUUGGAUAUUGUGGAAGGAGAACUUUCAGACUAGCAAAACUGCUACGUCAAAGCUGUGAACAAAUGAGCCUCAGACAAAUGAGCCUCAGACAAGUUACGUGGAGAGCAACCCAUCUGACAAAUACAACAGCAUUGCUAUCUUCAGUGUUUUGGCUAUGGGAUUUCUUAUCUAUUCAAGCACAGGUCUCUGAUCAGCAUCUACUUUUCUCCCCAUUUUGAGCAAGCUACAUCAUUUAUUUUAACGGUGUUUGUGAAAAUCUACCAAAAGUUCAAGUGACUGGCUAAGAAGUGUUCAAUGGACCAAGCAUCGAUGAGGGCUUCUAUGAGAAAUUUUGCAGAAAACAGGUAGCAAUUAUCAGCAUCAAGUACAAGCUCUGGAUUCAAAUUGGAUGUAUGCCCUUCAACUCAAGCCAUUUGCAAUGUCAUCCAACGCGAGCAGAAGAAUGUGUAUUAAUUAUUUAUUCCACCAUUUAACAAAUCACUCGUAAUAACAUCAAUCUCCUUUAGUGAGUCAAAAAUGUGGAAGACUCAGACACACAACAGAAGUUGAAUUUUUGAAGUCUAUGUUCUGCCUUCAGCAGAGCCUUGCUCAAUGAUUCUUGGAGCUUAUUAUUCAUGUAUGAUUAUUUUCGCACUUAAUAUGCACAUUUAGCCAGCUUCUGUAUCUAUUGAGCAUCCAGUGGGUGUAAACAAAUUUUUUUUUAAAGGCAAAAAGUACAGAAAAAUUUCUUGUA